GAGCCAUAUACCUCACCGUGAUUGGUUCAUUCAGCUCCGCACACGUCAAGUGUCAUUUAUAUCAAUCUUGCGGGCCGCACUGACAUUAAUCUUUCUGAUCUAAAAGAACAACAUCCAGACUUGUACAAAGAAUUCAAGCACACUAGUCACACACAACACAAACGGAGAAGAGGCAGAAAUGCAAGGACAGGAGCAAGCUGAUGAAAACAUUUUCAAGUUUUCACAGUAUCAGCCAGAUGAGGACUUCAACGGGGAGGACAGACCAGAGCCAAGCCAGCGCAUCAUCAUACCCAUCCAACAAUAAAGGAUGCUUUUCAGAAGUGCACAAAAUAUGAUCCUGACUUCACAUCAAGCAAAGAAAUUAGAUUGGGAAGUUACUCUAUUCAUAUGCAUGGUUCACGUCAUUAUUUAAUACUUGAUGAAGGCUAGUAUAUACUGCAAUUGGUUGGUAAAUAAGCACAGUAUUAUUAUUUUUUAUACUUAAAUGCUAUAUGCACUAUGAUACACAGUAUUUUAUUUUAUUAUUUAAUACUUGAAAGGUAACCUAGACUGAAAAAGAAAAAAACGUAAUUAACAAAAAAAAUAAAAUUGAGGUAAUCCGUCACGGUCAAUAUUUCGGCGUCAAUCAAUCUAAAAACUAUUCAACUGGUGUAACCUCUGCGUUUUACCUUCAAUUAUUGUCAUUUAAAACCGACCUAUACAUAUACUAUAUUUUAUGCCCUAAUUUGAAGUAAUUACCAUAUUUUUCGCACCAAAAGGCGCACUGGAUGAAAAGGCGCACCCUCAUUGAAUUUUUUAUUUUAGAAAUUAUUUCAUAGGGCGCACCGGAUUAAAAGGCGCAUAAAAUAGAAGCUACACUGCAACAAACUGAGGUUGACUAGGGUUGGGGUAUGCAUCCACUAGCCAAUAACCAAUGAGCCCUCUGUGAACAAUCGCGUUUCUCAAACAAUCGCCUAUAAAAUGAUCAGAACUGACUAAAGUUCGAUCUAACACUGGUACUUCUUACCUAUGUUUCCCUUCCAUAUCGAUCCGUAAAUUUACCGUAUUUUCCGCCCUAUAAGGCACACCUUAAAACCUAAAUUUUUAUCAAAAGUCAACAGUGCGCCUUAUAGUCCGGUGCGCCUUAUAUAUGGAUCAAGUGAUGAAUUUAUUGAUCCAUACUGGUUGUACACAGUGCUCUGCCAAAAUGUUUUAGUACGUUUUAGUACGACUAGUAAAUUACAAGGUUGCAUCGCUUCCCAACAUUACGGUAACUGUAGUCAGGGGGCGUCACCGAAUAGCUGCUAUACGCGCGAGGCUAUUUCAUGUCAAAAUAGGCUGCUCUGUUCAUGUUUCGAGUAAAUCUACGGAUCGAUAUGGAAGGGAAACAUAGGUAAGUAGUACCAAUGCGUUAGAUCGAACUUUAGUCAGUUCUGAUCAUUUUCUAGGAGCUCGUUUGAGAAACGCGAUUGUUUACACUUUGCUGAGGCUCAUAGGAAAUUGCGGAUGGCUAAUGCUAUAACGAUAGCUGCUAUACGCGCGAGGCUAUUUCAUGUCAAAAUAGGCUGCUCUGUUCAUGUUUCGAGUAAAUCUACGGAUCGAUAUGGAAGGGAAACAUAGGUAAGUAGUACCAAUGCGUUAGAUCGAACUUUAGUCAGUUCUGAUCAUUUUAUAGGAGCUCGUUUGAGAAACGCGAUUGUUUACACUUUGCUGAGGCUCAUGGGAGAUUGCGAGCUGAGACUCAUGGGUUUUUGCGGAUGGCUAAUGCUAUAACGAUAGCUGCUAUACGCGCGAGGCUAUUUCAUGUCAAAAUAGGCUGCUCUGUUCAUGUUUCGAGUAAAUCCACGGAUCGAUAUGGAAGGGAAACAUAGGUAAGUAGUACCAAUGCGUUAGAUCGAACUUUAGUCAGUUCUGAUCAUUUUAUAGGAGCUCAUUUGAGAAACGCGAUUGUUUACACUUUGCUGAGGCUCAUGGGUUUUUGCGGAUGGCUAAUGCUAUAACGAUAGCUGCUAUACGCGCGAGGCUAUUUCAUGUCAAAAUAGGCUGCUCUGUUCAUGUUUCGAGUAAAUCCACGGGUCGAUAUGGAAGGGAAACAUAGGUAAGUAGUACCAAUGCGUUAGAUCGAACUUUAGUCAGUUCUGAUCAUUUUAUAGGAGCUCGUUUGAGAAACGCGAUUGUUUACACUUUGCUGAGGCUCAUGGGAGAUUGCGAGCUGAGGCUCAUAGGAAAUUGCGGAUGGCUAAUGCUAUAACGAUAGCUGCUAUACGCGCGAGGCUAUUUCAUGUCAAAAUAGGCUGCUCUGUUCAUGUUUCGAGUAAAUCUACGGAUCGAUAUGGAAGGGAAACAUAGGCUAUCUGUUGCACUUUGUUGAAUUGCAACUGUGACAACUUUAAGCCUGGAAACCAGAAAAGACGUCAGUGUGAAAACUGCAAGCAUGGCUGGGUUGCACAUGCUCUUAGUAAAUUGAAGGUGCAGGACAUGUAUCAGCAUGGCCAGGUGGAGAUUGUGCAUACCAACGUGGUGUUUGACAUCUGCAGCUUGAUGCUGUAUGGGACCCACGCUAUUCCCAUACGCCUUAAGAUCCUUUUGGACCGCCUUCUCUCUGUUCUCAAACAAGAAGAGGUUAUCAGGAUCCUCAAUGCACUUGACUGGACACUACAGGACUACAUACGAGGAUAUGUACUGCAGGAUGUAGCAGGAAAGGUACUGGAUCGAUGGGCUAUUAUGACAUUUGAGGAGGAGAUUGCAACCCUGCAGCAGUUUCUGCGCUUUGGUGAGACCAAAUCCAUCGUGGAACUCAUGGCUCUACAAGACAAGGAGGGUCAAGCAGUAUUAGUUCCCAGCACUCGGACCAUCUCAGAUAUUCAUACAUUCAUUGAGCGAAACACGCCAUGCUCUUCUGCUAUCUUGUCUACAACCAAAGCAGAGAAGCAGAAAGGCAACAACAUGCACCACUUUGAGAAACUUAUUAAAAGCAUGGCCUUCAUAUUGCCUUUCCAGCUCUUAAAUUCUCUUCCAGCUCAAUGUCUUGGCUGUCCAACAGGUUCAUGCCAGCAGCUUCAUGAGCAACACCAGGAGUCAUGCCAAGGGUCAGUAAAGCACCAGAGUCAAAGGCAAGGUGAUCAAGCGCAAGACAACAUUGCUAAUGAGAAAAUCCCCCAAAUUCCAUCUUCAGCAGACAGCAGCCAUAUCGGUAUCAACUCUGUCACAUUCACUGCUCUUCAAGACAACCAGGUGGAAUGUCUUUCCUCAACAACAAAGAUUGAGGUGGGAGAUUUUUCAACCAGUGACAACUACUCUGAUGCCCUCCCCCCACCCUCCAUGAUCUCUGAUGUGAUUCAAAUGUCAGCCUUUGGUAGGAUGCGCAAUGGGCACACUGGAUUGGGGAUUUCAAUAGGAAGUAGGGGUGGAGGAGCUCUGAAGAAGGGUCGUGUAUUUUGCAAUGCCUGUGAGAAGACAUUCUAUGACAAAGGCACACUUAAAAUCCAUUACAAUGCAGUGCACCUUAAGAUAAAGCACAAGUGUACAAUUGAGGGAUGCAAUAUGGUAUUUAGCUCACUGCGCAGUCGCAACCGCCACAGUGCAAAUCCUAACCCACGACUUCACAUGUCCUUGAAUCGCAACAACAGACAAAAAUACAUACAGAACAUUUUAUCUGCUGAAGAAUACUAUCCUGGAGAGAAAAUGUCUGAGCAAGUCACAUCCAUUCCAACUUGCUCUGCAAAACGUCACAGAUCAUUAUAUAGCUACACGGUGGAGCAAGUGGAUAGUGGCCUAAAGAUACACAAGAGCUCUUUCCCCAGUACAGGCCAGCGUGGCAUUCUGUUUCCCAAUUUAAAGGCAGUACAGCCAGUCCUGCCUUUCUAUCGCAGCCUUGUUACACCAGCAGAAAUUGCCCAUGCUACAGGAAUACUACCCUCACUCCCCCUACUGUCACCCUCGGUGUCUGUAAAACAUACUACUGUUCAUGACAUCUGUAAUGCUGACCCCAUACCAAAAAAAAAGUCUCGAAAGUCAAGUAUGCCCAUAAAGAUAGAAAAGGGGAUGUUGGAGCAAAAUGAGCAGACUAAUAAGGGGACUAACUUUGAAAAGAACAUUCCUUUGCUGGACCCAGAUAAAGAAGCGCGUGGUUGUCAUAGAGCAAAAAAGGAAAUUAUUUUCAUGGGGGCUAAGUUUGAGCACGAAGAGAAAGAAAUAUAUUUUUAUGAAGCUCAAGAAAGGAAAGGUAAAAAGUAUUUGUCAGACCAGACCAUAGAAAAGCAUAAGGAUGACACCAUACAGCAAGUAAAAACAGUAACUACCAUUAGUUCAUCCUCUUCUUUAAAAAACACUUCGAUCAAGAGCCUUUGUAACAAUCAGUUGGACAGUCAGGAACUCAGCUUUAAUGAGGAAAUCGAUGGCAAAGAGUAUAGAAAUACAAAAUAUGAAGAUGAACAAAUUUCAAAGCGACAAUGCAGUGGGCAUUGGCUGACAAAUGAGAAUGCUCUUUUAGACCACAAGAAGGAAGCAUCUGAGGGCUGUGUAGAUUGUCAGGAUAAGAUACCCCACUAUGAAAUCUAUGGUAAGACUUUUAAGAACCUUGACAGUGUCUGCUGUACUACGAAAAUGUGCACCAUAAGAAGAUGUACAUGUGCAAUGCACUGCUGCAGUGCAAUAUUUCCCUUGUGCAGGAGCCAGAUCAGUGAGAAAAAGAGAAGCCUGCAUCUUGCGUGAAUAUAAAAUAAAUGGACGUAGACGAGUGCUUUGAAUCAUGCAAUGGAAGUGGUGCAGUACGGUAGCUUCAUAUUCAUGAAAUUGUUAACUGAGUGCAUAUUAACAAUAGCGUAAGCCAGCUGUGAUUCAUACAUAAGUGGAGUGGUGAGCAAAGUAGGGGUAAUAAUUUUUUCUAUAGUUAAACAUUUGUUUCUGAAAUUAUCAUCCAUCCGGUCCAUGUGAUCUGACACAUCUCUGUACACUCUAACAACAUUGUGUGACACACAUUGUUUUUUUUAUAUUAAUUAUCAUUUAUAUGUGUCCCUUAAAUGUUUUCUACAGUAUAGGUUAUGUUAUGUUAUGUUAUGUAUAUGUUCCUUGAAGGGAGGGGAAAGCGAGGAUGGUUCAUUUGUCAUUAACUAGCCCAGUUUAUGUAUCUUUUUAUCAGGAAAAUGAAAAAAGUUAGCAUGUUUUAGCAAGUUAUCAUUUUCUAUUUUAUCCAUUUAUUUUGGCAAAUACGCAAAUACGACAUGUUCUGAGACGCUUUAUGUAAGAUGAAUUGUUCAUACAUCGUUACAUGUUCAAUUAAAAUUGAUAAGGGCUCAUUAGACUUACAUUUCCCCUGAAGUCCACAUAUGGGCUACCACCUCCGUCGUCUAUCCGAAAAGGAGGUGCUUUAAACGGCACACUCAGCUGAAGGGUUGGCCUCCUCGCUGAAAGUCCGGUGCUCUCAAAAUAGCAAAGAAAGACCUCAUUUAUUGCUCUUAAAUCAGCAACAGAGAGACUAAUCCUUGUGAUCUGUUGAAGUAGUCAGAAGUAGAGAUGUCCAUAUACAUUUUUCUGACAGCUGUUUUUGCACAUUUUAAGCGAUAGUCUUUACAAUGAUUACCAAUGGGGGAAAUUGUGAUCUUUUCCUUCUGUGACAUAGUCAGGCUGAUGUGUCAAAUCAAGCAGACUCCGCCCAAAAAGCGGGCCUCAGUAAGUGCACUGCUCAUCUGUUCUAAAAUACCAUUAAAUCUUUUUUUCGGGGGGAAAUUAUAGCACUGACAUUAUUUUAUGAUUCAAUUCCAUCACAUAAGUGCAUGAAUGUUGGCUCGCUUUGUUUCUUUAAAUAUACUGCUACAGACAGAUAUGAGAUUGAAUCCCAAGUUAUAGACAAAGAGCUGAGAGGGAGUUGAGUUGACGUGAAGGAAAAUUGAAAACAAAUCCGUUUUAUAUAUUUUGGAGUAUAAAUGUUUGAAAAUUCUCCUAUAUGUGCUUAAAGGAUUUUUUUUUUUUUUACACACCUGGCUUGUGCACUUUCAAAUUACGCUGAUUCUCUUGUCCAGACUUCUGACAAAGCCACAAUGCAUUACCUGAAAAGAGUAAAAGUGGCCCGGUGAAGUCUAAUGCGGCCCUAAUUACUGGAUUGUGGAGUUUUCAUGAGAAGUGAAUUCUAUAGAGAUCCAUUUGAAAAAUAGUCUAUGUUAUCCUGUAAAUAUAAACCUAAUUAACAUGCAGAGUGGGAAAAGUCAUUGAUCGUUGUCAAGUGACGUGUCUGGUUCAUGUAACCAGAUACUUCUAAGUAUGUGCUUUUGCAUUCUGAUUUUAAUAAAUACAACAAAAGCAAUUUAAUCAAAAUAAUGUGCUCUUGACUGAAUGCAUGUUUGGAGACAAUGCAAAGUGAGUAAGUGUUCGGUAGUCUAAUGCUUCUCCACAUGCAAACAAACACAAACCAUCGAAUCAAUCAAAUAAAAUGCCAGACACAAUCACAUAAUAAUGAUAAUGACAAUACCAUCCAUUUUCUGUACCGCUUGUCCCCAAGGGGGUCGCAGGCGUGCUGGAGCCUAUCCCAGCAGUCAUCGGGUAGGAGGCGGGGGACACCCUGAACCGGUGGCCAGCCAAUCGCAGAGACAAACAACAAUCUGCUCUCACACUCAUACGGGCAAUUUGGAGUUCUCAAUCGGCCUACUAUGCAAGUUUUUUGGGAUGUGGAAGAAAAUCGGAGUUCCCGGGAAAAACCCACGCAGACACGGAGAGAACAUGUAAACUCCACACUUGUUUUAUUCUCCUUUUUACUCCUUAUUACAUUUUGUUCUAUUCAUUUUUAUUAUUUACUUUUCAUUCAUUCUCAUUAUUACUUACUUAUCAUUAACUUUCUUUAUUACUUUUUUAUUGUCGUUAAGUAUCUUAAUUUAACUUUUUUGAAGCUUAAUUUCCUUGUUCAUAUUUUUGUCAUUGUUAUUAAUAAUUUUCCACUCACUAUAACAGUAUGAUAUAAUGUUGUUAUCACUUGUACCAAAUGUAUGCGUACUGAUAUAGAGAGUUGAAGCAAUAAUAAGAGAGAAUUAAUUGACACUGUAAAAUUGUUAGUACAAUAA